AUGGACCAAGAUGAAUCUCUAUAUUUCGAUUUUUCCAGACUCACAAACAGAUAUCCCUCUGAAAUUCAACAUCAGGCAUCCCGAGAGAUGGUAAUAAUAGUCAACAACAAGAUGAAGCCUCCGGGAGGAGAACCAAUCUGGUCAUGGUACUCAAAGGCAGAGCAACUAGAUUACUUGAAAGGGUUCCUCAAACCACUUGCAGUUCAGGAAGGAGAAACAGCAAAAGCUAAGGAUCCUGAGGAUAUAAUUGUUCUAUCGGAUACUGAGGAUGAAACUAACCCAGAAAACAUCACUAUAGUAAAACCCUUGCCUCUAGUCUCUGUAAAACAAGAACCCAUAGAUGAUGAACAUGAAAAAUUGUCUGAUCCUGAAAAAAAUCUGUCAAUAUCUGAUGAUGUUAACCCAGUGUCUACCGUUGUGUAUGGUCCACAUCAGCUUAAACCUCCUGCUUCACUUUUCUCCAAACUCAAUCUGUUUAAUAUCAUGGAUGAACACAGAAGAAAAACCCCUGCAGACCCUAUUGAUGACUCUCCACUAGACUUUGAGUUUGAAACAGGAAAUCCUGCAGAAAUACAAGUUGCAGAACCGACUGAUGAAGAAGAAAAUCUGCCUUUGUUGCAAGCGAAAACCAGAUCAUCCACAGCACAACAGGAAAAGGAAACCUCCUCACCAGUUCGAAAAUCUAAGAGGAAACAAACAGUUGCUGAACAGCCUGUCCCUCAGGAAACCACUAGAAGUAUGAAGAGAAGGAAGACCAUUCAAGCUCAACAGCCUGAAAGCCAGCCUGAUGCCUCUGCCAUAACACCUCUUGAAGUAAUCACUCCUCAAUUCUUAUCUGAUGAAUAUGCAGCAAGGUGGGACUCCACAAACCAAAGGAAAAUUCUGAGUGAAAGGUACCUUGAUGUUGAAAAGUUCAAAUCCCAGUGCCAACUCAUGCCAGUGUUAGAGAAGAUAAAUCUUGUCAAGUCUGUGACAACUCAGAGGAGCUAUCCACCUAUUGCCAUAAAGGAAUUUUAUGCAAACCUUAUGAAGACUAUCAAGGAGGCUGGUUCACAGGUUUAUGGACGUGUCUGGCUGAGAGGAAAAGAAUACAAUUUUGACACACGUACCAUCAAUCUGUAUCUGGGCAUUAAUGCAAGUGAUAUUGAGGAUCCUGUUAUUGGGGAAAAUACAAUCACAAAGGUCAUUACAGGAGGAACCUAUAGCUAUUGGCUUGCUGAAACCAACAUGUUGCCUGCCAAAUCCUUGACAACAAAGUAUGCAAUUAUGCAUAAACUAGCCAUGACAAAUUGGAUGCCCAAUGAACACAGGGGAGGAUUAAAUUUGCUCAUGGCCACCUUGAUCUACAAAAUAGGCAAAGGUAUUCCCGUUGACUUAGGUAACAUAAUCUUCAAACAUGUGGCAUCUUUCAGGAAACCAGAGUCAAAGGAAAGCAAAGUAAAGCUACCUUUUCCCUGCACAAUUUAUGGAGUACUACGCACACAAGGAUUCAAACCUAAGCCAAAUGAGCCUAUGGAAGCUCCACAAGUAAUAACUAUUGAUGCCAGAAUCAAACAAGGAACUCAUGUGCUUGACAUCUUUCCAGAACAUGCAAGUAGCUCAGCCCCAGCCUUGAACCUUGAUGCACCUUUUAGCAGCAAACUCACAGCCCAGCACCUUGAUAAAAGCAUCAGAGAUCUCAACACAAUCAUACAGAUUCUUGUUGAAAAGAAAACAAUUGAGAUGCAACUACGUGAACAAUUGAGGUUGAGAGAUCAAGAAAUGACUGGUACUGUUGCUGAACCACCUACUGAUCCACCCACUGAUCCUUCCAUGGCAAGCAAUGAACAAACUGCUGAAAAUCCACCUGAAGAUGAUCUCACUGUAAACAGCCAGGAGGAUGAGUCCUCGGAAUCUGAAUGA